GUCUGGCGGUGAAUGACACGUGACACCUCCUCAUAGGCCGGCGAUAAAACCAAAGGGAUAAUGAACCCCGACUGUUAGCAUAUUCCCUGACACAUUGAUUAUUCUCUGAUAGGCAGUUACGAUUCCCUUGCUUGCUUGUCCAGUAGUGCCUGGCAUCCUCCGCUCGUGAUUGCUACGCUAGACCUUUACACUUCCUAACCUCGUUCUGAUAUCUUACUAACCCUGGUCGGACAUAACUUCCAGUCCUGUCCUUUGAACCUCGUCCUAUGUGUUUCCUGCUGCCAACCCUGACCGGUCUUGUCUCUUAUUGGCAUUACGUGUCGCGCCUUGUAUACUUUGGUUAUGUUUAUCCCUACUUUCAAGCUGUACGUCUGACUUCGUUUGUUCCGACCUGUACGUUUCCUUGCUCCAAGUAUUCUGAGCCAUAUGGCUAUAAAUCCUAACCUGCACGCCAAGUCUGUAUUCCGACUUGCUUCUAUUUAUUGUUAUCCAUGGCUUGUACGUUCCGACCUGCACGCCAGGUAUGUAUCCCAACCUGCUUAUAUCCGCUGCUAUCCAUGACCUGUACGUUCCGACCUAUACGCCCAAUCUGCAUACCGACCUGCUUCUAUUUGCUGUUAUCUCUGGCUUGUACGUAUCGACCUGUACGCCCGAUCUGUAUCCCGGCCUGCUGAUAUCCGCUGUUAUUCGCGGCCUGUACGUUCUGACCUGUACGCCAGGUCUGUAUCCCGACCUGCUUAUAUCCGCUGUUAUCCACGACUUGUACGUUCCGACCUGUAUGCCAGGUCUGUAUCCCAACCUGCUUAUAUUCGCUGUUAUCUACGGCCUGUAUGUUCCGACCUGUACAUCAGGUCUGUAUCCCGACCUGCCUAUAUCCGCUGUUAUCCACGGCCUGUACGUUCCGACCUGUACGCCAGGUCUGUAUCCCGACCUACUUAUAUCCGCUGUUAUCCACGACCUGUACGUUCCGACCUGUACGUCAGGUCUGUAUCCCGACCUGCUUAUAUUCGAUGUUAUCCACGGCCUGUACUUACCGACCUGUAUGUCCGAUCUGUAUCCCGACCUGUUGAUAUCCGUUGUUAUCCACUGCAUGUACUUACCGACCUGCACGCCAGAUCUGUACUACGCCAGAGGCCUUUCCCUCUACGCCUUUACAUGGCCUAUAGGCUAUAGGCCCACUUCUUAACUGUACUUGGGCUGUAAGCCCCAUUCUUGAUUGCUAUUCGAGGAUGGAUUUGGUCCAACUUGUAAGCAUAUCCUUUGACUGCCUCGUAAGCUAAGACUUGGACCAUAGCCACGCAAGCUUGACUUCUGACCUCCACGUAAACUUGACUUCUGACCUCCACGUAAGAUUAACUUCUGACCUCCACGUAAGUAUGACUUCUAACCACAUUCUUUUACUGAUCCCACCAUCAUGCACCGUAUCAUAUUACUAUAGUCUUAUGGUGUUAGAAAUUCACUAUUCUUCUUCCUGUUUCCGUUAGCUUUGUUUAAUCAUAUGUUUUUUUUCCUAUCAUCUUGGAAUAAAUUUAGCAUCCAACAUGACCGAGAGGGCGUACGUCCCUAUGUGUGUCCUCCUGGCCGUGAGUUAUACAGAAAGAGACAUGAACCCAAUUAAAAUUCCAAGUGGGAGCAAGUGUCUAAUGCCAAAUUUGCUCAUCAUCUGAUCUCAUGCCCUUUAAAACCGUGGACUAAACCUAAAACAAAGCUAGAGGAAGCUGCAGGGGAAGGACCUUGAGACGUCGAAGGCUUAGCGAUGUCAAUGUUAGCAUGAUUAUAUUAGUCUUCCUAAUCUCCAUGAUUAUUAUAUGAUUAGCCAGGCUAAACACAGCUCCACCUCCGACAAAGAUGACCUCGACACCAUCUCUGUUUUGACCGGAUCAUGGACUUGGGGUUCAGGAUGAUGAAACAGAGGAGCUCCCGUUGUCGGCGCGCACACAGGCACGGGAGUUACUUGGGUGGGUCUCUAUGUUUCACAUCAACUGUGAGUCGCCUCCGUGUGUUUCAACGGGUUCAUCAUAUAAUUAUACUCUGAAAUGAGAUGACGAUGGUCUGUCGACGGAGAAGACAAGCAUUCUUUUACGUGACAAAGAAAAGUGGAACAGCGAUUUCAAAAUGGAAAACUGGACGAACAUGUCCCAUCCUUUUCCAAUAUCAUGGGUCCAGAACAGACUUUUUGUCGGCAUGGUAAAUUUCAACCCCGAGUAUACUCGAGCUAAUAUCAGAAAGCCAUCUAUAAAAAGCUGCCUCUUGUGCUUCUAAUCAACAACCAAAUCUCCUCUCGCUCUCUCCUUCUUCUGUCUUCUCUCCGUCUUCUGGUCUAUACAUCCAUAAGCCGUACCUUAGAAAAUGAUCCAGAAGCUGCUCUCGAGAACCUGCAACACACACGGACAGGACUCCUCGUACUUCUUGGGAUGGCAGGAGUACGAGAAGAACCCCUAUGAUCCCAUUGCUAACCCUACGGGGAUUAUUCAGAUGGGCCUGGCAGAGAACCAGCUCUGCUUUGAUCUGAUCGAGUCAUGGCUGGAGAAGAAUCCUGGCCCUGCCGGCUUCAAGGAAGAUGGUGCACUAAUCUUCCGGGAGCUUGCUCUUUUCCAAGACUAUCAUGGCCUGCCUGCGUUCAAGAAUGCAUUGGUUAAAUAUAUGGGAGAAGUAAGAGGAAACAGAGUAAGGUUCGAUCCCAACAACCUGGUCCUCACUGCAGGCUCAACUUGCGCCAAUGAGAUCCUCAUGUUUUGCCUUGCCGAUCCUGGCGAAGCAUUCCUCCUACCUACCCCAUAUUAUCCAGGAUUCGACAGAGACCUCAAAUGGCGAACCGGAGCCGAGAUCGUCCCGGUGCACUGCUCCAGCUCCAACGGAUUCCGCAUCACUGCGGCGGCGCUGGAGGAGGCGUACCACCGGGCGCACAAGCGCGGCCUCGCCGUGAAAGGAGUUCUCGUCACCAACCCCUCCAAUCCACUGGGCACCGCCAUGACCCGGCGCGAGCUCGACGAGCUCGUCGACUUCGUUGUCGCCAAGGACAUUCACCUCGUCAGCGACGAGAUCUACGCGGGCACCAACUUCGCCGAGCCGGGGUUCGUGAGCGUCGCCGAGGUGGUCGCCGAUGGAAGGGCCGAGGCAUGCCGCGGCCGCAUCCACAUAGUGUGUAGCCUCUCCAAGGACCUCGGGCUCCCGGGCUUCCGCGUCGGCGGGAUCUACUCCGACAACGAGGCGGUCGUGUCGGCCGCCACCAAGAUGUCGAGCUUCGGCCUCGUCUCCUCCCAAACGCAGUACCUCCUCGCUGCGCUGCUCUCCGACGAGGCGUUCACGGCGGAGUACGUGGCGGAGAACCGGAGGAGGCUGCGGGAGCGCCACGACGCGCUGGUGCGCGGCCUGCGAGGGAUCGGGAUCGAGUGCUUGGAGAGCGGCGCAGGGUUGUUCUGCUGGGUGGACAUGCGCCACCUGUUGAGCGCCGUCACGUUCGAGGGUGAAAUGGAGCUGUGGAAGAAGAUAGUGUACAAAGUCGGGCUCAACAUCUCUCCGGGGUCCUCCUGCCACUGCGACGAGCCCGGGUGGUUCCGCCUCUGCUUCGCCAACAUGUCGGAGGACACGCUCAGCCUCGCCUUGAGUCGGCUUCAGACCUUCGUGGGCUCCUGCCGCAACCGCCCACACUGCAGCGGUGGCGAUGGCCGCACGAGAAGGCAGUUUUUGGCUCGGUGGGUGCUCCGGUCAUCGCCGGCUUCCGACCGCAAGUCCGAACGCUAGACAGAGAUGCUCAGAUCAUCAAUUGCAUGCGUAAUUAUCAAAUUCUUUAUAUUAAAUUAAUCUGUCUCUUAUUUAUUGGUUAUUAUUUUUUCCUCGGUGCACUUCCAUCGAUCUCAUUGAACAUUGGAAGUGACCAAGGUUGAUGCGUCAGAGUGUGAGUCUUUUGACUUCAAAGUUUUAGCUGAAGUUUAUGUCUCUCUCUUCCCGUCGUGCGUAGACAAAAGUAUUGUUUGUAAAAUGGGCGGGCAGCACUUGUGUUGUCCAAUCUGUAUUUUCCAGCUGGACUUCAAAUAAAGCAUUACUUAUGGUUAUA